UCUUGACAAAAAAGAAAAUGUUCUAAAUAAAUUUCAAGUUAAGAAACACUUUUGAAAACUAAUAAAAUAAAAACCAAAAAAGAAAAACCUAAGAGAUGGUAGCUUCUCAUAUAAAAAGAAAACAUCUGCAUAAAAGUGAAAAACCCCUAAAAGACUAUUAUGAUGCAGUGCCAGUGUCACAGCCAGCAGUGUCAGCAGAAGCAGUUAAACAAUUGAAAACAAUGGAUUAUGCUGAAGCAAUUUUGGAUUAUAAUUUUACUAAAGUAAGCGAUAACGUAGAAGACAGUGGAAGUGGUAUUAAUAACAAAAGCAGCAACAACAACAACAGCAACAUUAACAUAAUGGAUAAUUUUAGUCAUAAUCUAUUCGAGUUGCAACCUUUUUUAGCCAACAGCAAUGGCAAUCUCAUUAAUGCGGUCAAUGAUUAUGGCAAUUCUACUGUAUCAGUGGAUAUAUAUGAUACAGUUUUUAGUCCCACUGCUUACUUAACGGAUGCUACCACAGCUGCCGCUGCAGCAGCUGUUACAGCAGCCAAUAAUAAUCGAGGUCUUUUAAUGGAUACACUUUUGGGUUCCGUUAUGACCACAGCCACUGCCACCGUUACAUUGUCUCCAACAACAACAUCAUCAUUAUCGGCUUCAGCGUUAACAACUUCAGUGUCAGCAUCUUUUGCAACUGCAUCGUCGCCCUCAUCAUCCUCCGCCACUGUUUUGAGUGGUUUACAGGAGAAUUUCUAUGAAACCACCGUUGUUGCUGUGAACAGCAUGAAGACAUCAUCAUCGACUGCGAACAAUGAAUCGGCCUAUUGGGAAUUGGAAACGGCUGAUUUUGAUUUUCUCUACAGACACUCGUUGGUAAUGACCAUUGUCUAUUGUAUUGCUUACGUGAUUGUAUUCCUGGUCGGUCUGGUGGGCAAUAGUUUUGUUAUUGCUGUUGUUCUGCGCAUGAGAAACAUGCGAACUGUUACCAAUUACUUCAUUGUCAAUUUAGCCAUUGCUGAUAUCUUGGUAAUAGUUUUCUGUUUGCCAGCAACAUUGAUGAGCAAUAUUUUUGUGCCAUGGAUGCUGGGCUGGCUAAUGUGCAAGACGGUUCCCUAUAUACAGGGUGUAUCGGUGGCAGCAUCUGUUUACAGUUUAAUAGCGGUAUCAUUAGACAGAUUCAUUGCCAUCUGGUGGCCCCUGCGUCAACUCUCAAAAAGUCGCGCCCGUUUUAUGAUACUCUGCAUAUGGAUUAUAGCCUUUGGUACCACCAUACCCUGGGCCCUUUAUUUUGAUUUAGUCCCUGCGGCCGAAGCCUUUCCCUCUGCUCCCGAUAUGUAUUUGUGUCAAGAGGUUUGGCCACCUGGUACCAGUGGUAAUUUGUAUUUUCUAUUGGCACAUCUGUUGGCCUGUUAUGUUCUGCCCAUGGUGUUGAUAACCUUGUGUUAUGUUUUAAUAUGGAUUAAAGUGUCAACGCGCUCUAUACCUGGCGAUACCAAGGAUGCCCAAAUGGACCGUAUGCAACAAAAGUCCAAAGUGAAGGUUAUAAAAAUGUUAGUGGCUGUGGUCAUAUUGUUUGUAUUAUCCUGGCUGCCGUUGUAUGUAAUAUUUGCACGAAUUAAAUUUGGUGGUGAGAUAUCCAUUGAGGAGAGUGAAAUCUUAAACAAGGUCACACCAUUUGCUCAGUGGCUGGGCUCGUCCAAUUCAUGCAUCAAUCCCAUAUUGUAUGCAUUCUUUAAUAAGAAAUAUAGACGAGGUUUUGCCGCCAUAAUCAAAUCACGCUCCUGUUGCGGCCGUUUGAGGUAUUAUGACAAUGUUGCCAUUGCCUCUUCCACCACCAGUACCAGCCGUCGCAAAUCCUCUCAUUAUCAACAUGGCUCCCGAAAAAGCCCCAGCAGCCCCGGCUUACGUAAAACCAAUGCCGUCUCUUAUAUUUACGAGCACAACUCUUUACGCCGCCACAAUUUAAUGUGCAAACAGGACAGCAAUUUAUCACAACAGAUGCUAUUGAAACAGGAUUCUCAUGGUUCACGUCAAUAUCUGAUCAAACAGGAGAGUGCCUCUAGUGAUGGCUCACGUCGUCUAUUGUGUCAGCAGGAUAGUAAUGGUUCAAAGGUGUCAUUGUCGAAACAGGAUUCUGUUGUAUCCUAUUAUUUGGAGAACAAACGUGCUGGUCACAAUCUUCAAGAUUCGUUUUCCACACAGGAUUCUAUAUCGGUAGAUUCGCGACGUAAUACCAUGACCCGUAGCAAUGAAAAUGGUUCACCAGUAGUGGGUGCUGCUGCAGGGCCAUCUUUGCUGGAGCAUAAACGCCAGAAGUUUGUGAAACAAGAUUCGGUUAUAUCGUUUGUUGAUCAAAGGCCAGAACCGCGUCGCCAUCAAUUAGUCAAACAGGAUUCGGUCAUAUCGUUUGCCGAUCAACGACGUAGUUUAUUAAAUAAACAAGACUCUAUUGUGGGAUGCUCCAGCCGGUCUGGAGAUGGCGCUGCUGGUCAUCAUGUAUCGAUCUUAAAGAAAACCGAUUCACAAUUAAGUAGCGGUAGUUUCACAUCACCACGUCGUAAUAUUGAAAUUUACGAAUAAAUUUAACGAGUGUUAUUUGGGGAUUUUUCGUAAUUUCAAAACAUUUGACAUAAAUUGAAAAGAAAAAUACUUAAAAACAAAAAAAGCACACAGUUAUGAGCACACAUAUCCUUAAAAACAGUCAGGCAAUGAAAAAAAAAACAAAAAUUAAAUUAAAUAUAAAAUAAACUAAGAAAAAAGUUAUUAAAGAAUAAAUUAAAGGAGG